AUGGCCAGAUUCAUGAAGGAAUCAACCAACAUACCAAAUCUGCAGCCAGACGUGGCCAUCUUCGCUUUGAAGCACGCACUCCAGGAUGGGAAGUUCCGUGAUAAACUAUCCAUGAAAAACCCUUCUAAAAUAGCUGACGUGCAACAAAUGGUAGAUGCGUUCAUCAGAACCGAGGAGUUCAACAAAGCGGCUGCAAGGUUAAAAGGAUCUUCGGAUUCAAGAGACACAAAAAUGAAUCAGAGCAAGCCCGAGGGCAGCUCGAGAAAAGGGAAAGAGAAAGUGGGAGUCGACUAUUUCAGCAAGUGGAUUGAAGCCGAAGCAGUUUCUUCCAUCAUUGAACCACAAGUCCGUAAAUUCAUCUGGGAAAACAUCAUCACAAGGUUCGACAUACCAAGGCUGAUGGUCUUCGACCAUGGAAAACAGUUUGAUAACACCCCGUUGCAAAAGUGGUGCAAGCAAUUCGGCAUCCACUUAGCUUACUCAGCACUUUUCCACCCUCAAAGCAACGGACAAGCCGAAGCCGCAAACAAACUCAUCCUCAAUGCACUCAAGAAGAGAGUUGAGGACGAGAAGAGCAAAUGGCUAGAGGAGCUUCCUGGAACAUUAUGGUCCCUUCGGACCACUGAGAAGGAAGCCACUGGGCAAACACCCUUCCAUCUGGUGUACGGUUCCGAGGUUGUCAUCCCUGUAGAAAUCGGACCAGAAAGUUUGAGGAUCCAGGCAUACAACAAGUAUGAUGGAGUCCACGGAGAAAGCAACGACCAACUUCUGUCCGAAGCUCUCGAUCUACUAGAUGAAGCUCGGAACGACGCCAGAACUUUCAACGCUGCUUACUUACAGAGAGUCAGCAAACAUUACAACCGAAGAGUCAAUGCCAGACCCCUGAAGGUGGGUCACCUUGUGCUCAGAAACGCCGCCGCAACUCAGAAAGGAAGGAUCCAUGGGAAACUCUCAGCCACCUGGGAAGGACCAUACAUCAUCCAUUCUGAAAAAAGGGCAGGCACUUUUAUGCUUAAACACCUCGGAUCUAAUCAAUCCGAGAAUAAAACAGUUGAUUUUAACCAUUCCUUGAUAAAAUACAAGAAAUGA